ACUAUGCCGUACUAUUGGCUUUUUUGUAUGCAACACUACUUAUUCAAGCCACACAUCAAGUUCACACCAAGGAAAGCCAUACCAUAAUAUGUCAACUUCCUCAAAUAUGGAUGAGGGAAUUGAGAGGAUGAAUCAGGCUGCUCAACAUGGAAAUAUUGAUGCCUUUUACAUCAUAAUUCAGAAGGAUGUAAAACUUUUGAAGCACACGGAUAAGCUACCAUUUCUUAAUACUCCUUUACACAUAGCUGCAUAUGCUGGGCACAUCCCAUUUGCCAUGGAGCUGAUGAUAUUAAAGCCCUCAUUCUCUAGGAAGCUUAAUCCGGAUGGGUUCAGCCCCAUUCACCUUGCUCUACAAAAUGGGCAUGGCGAGCUGGUGUGUCGGCUUCUAGAAAUUGAUGGGGAACUUUUCCGUGUCAAAGGAAGGGAGGGUAUCACCCCUUUGCAUUAUGUAGCAGCAACAGAAUGUCACCUUGAUCGAUUGGAAAAAUUUCUUGAAUUCUGUCCCCAUUCUAUUGAGGCUGUGACAAUUCGAAAUGAGAACGCUCUGCAUAUUGCCCUGAAAUACGACAAGUUGGAGGCUUUUAGACUCUUGGUGCGAUGGCUCCAAAAGAAUUGGUCUCAAAAUUCCAUAUUGUGGAAGAGUAAAGUCCUGAACUGGCAGGAUGAGAAUGGCAACACGCCAUUGCACAUUGCUGUGUACAAAAAUCAACCCAAGUGUGAAAUCAGAAAAUACAAAACAGAAAUGCAAGAACUUGCUUUGAGAGAAAAUUUGGUGUAUCACUACAUUUUGCAGGCUGUGAGGAGGUUAUUAUUAUAUUCUGGUGUUAAUACAUUCGCUAAGAAUUCAGAGGGUAAGACAGCAGGGGAUAUCUUGGCACAACAAAAUCAAAUAGAAAACCGUGAGAUCAAGGUAAUGCUACGGUGUGUUGGAGCUUUACGAGCUCCAUCUCUUCCUAAAGUAACUUUUUAUGCACGCAAUCUAUGGUCCAUGUUCUCAUCUCUUGAGAAAACAAGAAUGCAUUGUAUUGGAGAAUGGACUCAAAUAUCAGACGACAGACGCAAUAUGCUUUUGGUGGUUGCUACACUGCUUAUGACUGUCACCUAUCAAGGAGUACUCAGCCCUCCUGGGGGACUUUGGCAAGAUGACUAACUUCCUAAACUCAAUACCACAUUACCGACCAUCAGAAAAUUCAAUUCUAGUGCUCCUAUUCCAAACGAAGCAGGGACACCUAUUGAUCUUUGAAAUUUUCCUUUUUGGGUGUUCUUGUCAUUAAAUUCUUUGACAUUUGUGCUUUCAUACUCAACAAUUCUUCUUCUCAUUCCAAAACAAUGCAUUUAUCGAAUAGUCCGCCUAUCUCUUAUUUCCCUAUCUGUUUGCUAUAUAGUUUCCUUGACCGUCAUAAUCCCAACUCUAUUUUGGGACAUUUUUUGGUAUGUUUCUAUUGGUCUGUUUCUUUGUACCUUCCUACUAAAUACUUCUGCUACUUGUGUAGCAUGGUCUUAUAAGGUUUGUCUCUAAUUUUCGGCCAACUUUACUCUCUUUUACUCCCCCUCAAUUCAAACAGACCAUAAAAAACUACAAGGUUCAAUGCUAAGUUGUUUGUUGAUUCAUUCAUGGAGGAAGAAUUGAUGGGGAAAUUUUUAUUAUAUAAUUUUUUAUUAUUUAUUUAUUUAUAUAAAUAAGCCAAGCUUGGAGCUGUAUGCAUCUUGAAUGUGUGUCAAUUGUAUUGUUUCCUCUCCCAUUAAGA